CCACGUCAGCAAACAACGAAAAGUCAAGCCUCUAACUUUGAUUAUUUUAAGAAUAAUUAACAUGCUCAACAACUUCUUUCAAAAGUCUCUCCUUGACUUUUGUAGAUGCAAUUGAGUUCUUGCUAAAGUCUCUCUUGAGUUUCUUAGAGAUAGAAUAAACAAUGAUUGCUUGUCUCUUGGAGACCAAGAAAGUCGUAAUCUUGAGUAUAAAAGUGAUGAUCACUUAGCUUGUAUUGAACACUGAACAUUGAAUUUUGAUUAUCAUAUCAUGAACAAAAUGCAAACUCAUCAACCUCCUUCGAUUCCCAAUGUACAACUACAGCAGCAGCAGCAGCAACAACAACAUCAACCAGCCAUUCCAACCCAAACAACAAAGAACAGAAGUGGAUUCAUGACAAGACUUGUUGAAUUUCUCUUCUUCUCUCACCUCAUUCUCGUUGUUGCACUAGUCAUCUUCCUGACAGCGCAAGGCCUUCCCCGCCACCACCACUUUCGCCCCGCUGAUUGGUAUCCUCCAUUGCUUGCUUCCACAGGAUCUGCUGCAAUUCUCUCUCUUCUAUGGCAAUGGAUCUCUGGCUGCAACCCUUCCAAAGCCUUCAAGGGCGCCUUCUGGCUGGCCCCGUUGUCGACUUGCGCUGUUGCAGUGCUUCUUAUAAACAUUGGUUCUGUAACUAGCCUUGUAGCAGGCGUUGCUGCUCUGCUCUGUGCCUUCUUUCUGUCCCUUUACGGCUGCUGGGUCAGCCCUCGAUUCUAUUACGCCAUCCGGGUUUUAACGGUUUCUAAUGCUUCCCCUCCCAUCAAAUCUACUUCAUUAGUCACACUUUCAAUGCUCAUCAGUACUCUCUAUUCUUGUGUUUUGAUAAUUGGUAUUGGAGGAGCCAGAGCUGGGAAGAUUAAUUUUCAAGCCUUGUUCAUAUCCAUAAUCCUGCUAAGUCUGGCCUGGACUAUGCAAGUCAUCAAAAACACAUUACUAGCUACAAUCACAAGAGUCAAGUACAUGUACCUGGCAGCUGAAGCCGAGGUGGAAACAACCUUGGCAUUGCGCGAGACAGUUAAUCGGUCGAUGGGAAGCAUCUGUGCAGGGUCACUCCUUGUCCCGAUUCUUGGUGGGGUGUGGGGUUCAGCCAGAGCCAUGAAAUUGGCUGCAGGGGACAAUGGCGAGUUCCUUUUCUCAUGUGCCAACUGCUAUGCAGGGUGUGCUUCCACGCUGGUGAUGUAUGGGAACCGGUGGGGCUUUGUUCAUGUAGGAGUAUACAACAAGGGGAUUAUGCAGGCUUCCAUGGACGUUUGGGUGUUGUUUAAGAGGAACGAGUUGGAAGACCUGGUCAAUUCGGAUCUGACAGGCUCAUUCUGCUUCCUUUCUGGUGUGACAGUUGGGGGAAUCUGCAGCCUGGUCAGCGGAAUAUGGGCAUUUGUAAUUCAUAAGAGCUAUGCAACAGAACUUACACUCUUUGCUUUCUUCAUUGGUUACUUCAUGUGUCGGAUAGCCAUGGCAUGGCAACAAGCAUGCGUCACUGCUUACUAUGUUGCUUACGCAGAGAACCCGCGAAGCCCCCAAUUCGACAACACCAUUCCAGAUCGAAUUCAAAGGCUUCAAAGAUUUUAAGCCUAAUGAUUUCACAGUCUAAGGAAGAAUUCCUCCUUCAUUUUUCUUAAUCAAUAUUGAUAUUUGUACAAAUGUUGAAAAUUUGA